AUGUCGCCUCCACAUUUUGCCAAUAAGGCAAAAAAUACACGUUUUGCCAAUAAAAGUGUUGGCAAAACGUGUGUUUUUAGUCUUAUUGGCAAAAUGUGGAUUUGGCAGAAUAUUGGGGACGCAUUCGAAAAAGAUAUUUUUUCCAUACUUCCGUGUCCAAUUUUCUUAACAAACUGAAAGUGUUGGCAUUUGCCAAAGACUUUUUUAAAUAAGCUUUUUCCUCUUUUUGGAUAAACAAAAAAUUAUUUUUUCUAUUUAUGGAAAAAUGACUAAUAGGACUUUAGCAAGUUUAUUUUUUUUUAAUUUUGUAUUUUAAUUGUACUAGAGUUUAAUUAGGGGGUCGUUAGAGUAUAGGCGAGAAACUACAACAGUAUCUUCUUUUAAAAGGAAUACAGUAGCUUCUCCUAAAUAGAAAAACCAGGUACCUAGGUACCUAUUCGUGUGUCUUCGAGAGGCAAAAUCCCCAAAUGGGGGAAGUAUGUCAAACAGUUUUCUUAAGGUCUCUCCCUAAUUUUCUUCAAAUAUCCAAAUCUCUCACUUUUGAUUUUUAUUUUCCAUUAUUUUAAAUUUCCCUCACAAAUCUUUUUUUUUUUUUUUUUUUUUCAGAUGUGUGGAACUUUUUUUUGUGGACUUUUUCAGAUGUGUGGAACAAAAAAAAAGAUUAAAUUUCCUUUUAUGUAAAAUUAAUCUUUUUUAAAGAAUAUUUUCUUUAUUGCACUUUUAUCACAAAAAUAAUUUUUCUUUCCCCUCGUGUACUUUUACUAAAUAUUAAAUAAUACAUUAAAUAAUUCUCUAAUACUUCCCCCUUUCUUUUUUCUUUAAGUGAAAGGAGUGUUGGGUUAUUGCCAGACGAGUGAUUGUGAAUAUUUGUGUGCACGUGUUGAUGUCUUAAAGUGUGUAUUUACUAUUUAAGGAGUGAAUUUCGUAUGGAAGACGUGAGAAAGAGUAGGGGAUGACAAAAAUAGAGAAAGAUAGUGUAUUAAAUUUAAAUAGACAAAAUGUCACAGCGACAAAAUGUCUCAAUGACAAAAUG